CGCAGGUCGCAGGGCAUUGCAGGGCUAGUUUCAACUUCCUGCACUCUGACCUCAACUCCCUGAUGUCAGAAUGCGCUCCCUCUCAUCUCGAGAGGCCCAUUCUUCUCUAUCAUUAGCGAGACCACUCGGACACCUGGACUGAUCACGUUUCAGUGUCAUGGAUGACGAGCCUAGACAUGCCAUUCAGAGAACACAAGCUCAAAGGUGACUCCAAGUGAGAUAGAAUGGUCGACUAACGCGCUCCUCUUUCAGCUUGCAAGCCGCCGUACUGCAGGGAAUGGCUUUCGAACCACUGCAGUGGCUUCGAUCACUGCACGACUCGAUUUUAGACCCGACUCCUCGAGCUGGUCUUCACCCAAUUCCCGGCACCAAAUCGCUGACCUUUACAAGCGCUAUCCUUCCGCCUCUGAUCUACUACCUGGCGCUCCUCCUUCUCGCCCCUCCGCCGCCGCCGGCGGUCGAUAGCCUUGUUGUGAAGACUUUCCGGAACUGUCUCGCCCUGGUUGCUGGAGUGCUAUUCUUUCGCCUGCCCCUCGAAUACCAUGUCCCGCAGAGCAUUGGUUUGACCUACCAGCUGGGCCUUGUUGGUCUGUACGGUGGAUGCAGGGUCCUUGACGCAUUCUUCAUAAGCCCAUACUUGUUUGGACACAUUCCGCGGAGGGUCAAAUAUCAUCACCGUCGUCGAAUGGACGCUGUUGGGCCAGUGGCACAAGUCGAAGAGAAGGAAUGGACAAAUGGAGGAGUCGUCGAUCCUUUCCAUCAUAAUGGUGAUUCUCAAGAGGAUAUCUCUCAGAGGGCAAGUAACGGUGGUAUUUCAGGAGUCACAGAACAAAAUCCAUACCCUGCCAGCCCUCGUGCUUCUGCUAUGCGGUCUGCUCUUCGCAGAUCCAUCUCCGGACCUGACCCGGUACCUGUCUUAGAGACAGCAACCACAGAAAUUGGGUGGCCAACGACUCUUCUGGACCGCGCGGCAUGGGCUCUUGAACUUGAACUCUCCAUGCGUGGCAUUGGCUUCACUUGGACUACUGCAGAUGUGCGGCACACUCGCAAAACCUGGCUCCCCACCGUCCGCAACCGGGUUCACAGCGUAUUUGUCCAUGUCAUGCCCGUUCUCCUCGUCAGCUGGGCCAUUAUCAGAACUGUGUAUGUACGUCACCUCAUGCCAAUACAAGAUGCGCCCUGGGACAUGUAUUCUGCAUAUGACCUGUUCGACCACCGUAUACCGAUGGGGUGUCAACUGCUUUUGACGGCUGCACUCGGAGCAUUCCUUAUGGCCGCGUUCUCCUUCGGGCAUUCUCUGUUCGCGAUCAUGCUUAAUCCGCUUGCACCAAACCCACUCGCCUUCUUUCCUCCGCUGUACACGACAAGGCCAUGGCAAAUUACGAGUGUACGGAAGUUCUGGAGUUUCGGUUGGCACCGACUGUUUGCGAGGCUGUUCCUGGUCUAUGGAAUAUGGCCAGGGGAGUGGUUGGAACGAAAACUCUUGAGAAAAGGCCCGGAUCAACCAGCCGACGUUGGCAAGGUCAUUGGCGCUUUCUUGAUUUCUGGAUUCGUCCACAGCUUCUCUGUCCGCGGCGUCCUCGCAGGCGACUGGAGAAUGGCAACUGGGGAGGCUCAGUUCUUCGCCUUGAACGGUGUCGCAGUCGUGCUGGAGGGCGUAGUUAUUGAAGUUGUGCGUAGAGCUAGGAAGAGAAAAGGCCGGCCACGUCAAAUGUGGUACGAUCUCAUUGUGGGAAGGAUCUGGUGGAUCGCGGUUCUGCUGUGGACAGGGAGGAAUUUCGCGCGGGGUUGGGUCAAGUCAGGCCUCGUACGCGAGAUGGCCUUUCUGUGAGAGUACGUUGCGGGCGAUAUAGAUCUAUAUGUAUGUCACGCCGAUAGAAUCUCUACGCGAAGGAGC